CCGGAAGUCAGUCACAAUCGGUCUCAGCAAUGUCGUCGUCCAUGAGCGGAAUGUUCCCCGGACAGCAGCCGCCAAGCGCGCAUCCCAUGCCCGGCGUCGGUGGCCCAGGCCAGCCCGGUUUUCCCGUUCCGGGGAACCGGAGCCAAGGAAGCAACACGCUGGUGGACGAACUGGAAGCUUCGUUCGAGGCCUGUUUUGCAUCGUUGGUAAGCCAAGACUACGUGAACGGAACUGACCAGGAGGAGAUCCGAACCGGCGUGGACCAGUGCAUCCAAAAGUUCCUGGACGUGGCCCGGCAGACGGAGUGCUUCUUCUUGCAGAAGAGGCUUCAGCUCUCAGUGCAGAAACCUGAGCAGGUGGUCAAAGAGGACGUGUCUGAGUUGCGCAAUGAACUCCAGAGAAAGGAGAUGCUGGUGCAGAAGCACUUGUCCAAGCUGCACCACUGGCAGCAAGUGCUGGAAGACGUCAGCGUGCAGCAUCGCAAGCCCAGUGACCUACCGCCGCCUGGACCCCUGGCCUUCCUGGAGCAGGCCUCAGCCAGCUUGCCUCCCGCACCUUUAAAGCCAAACUAAUGGGAUGGAGUCUUGUGGAUUACUCGCACAAGUUAAAUCAAACUUGAGAAAGUACACAGAACUGGAAAUUAGCAGUAUGCGUUAUUACCUCUGCCAAGGACAAAUCAUACAAGUUGGUUGUCCAUUUGAGGAAGGAACACAGUGUGGAGAUGUGCGUGGACCAGCUCAAAUUUUCAGUGCUGUUUGACUUUUGGAAGCUUAUGUUUUUGGUUGCAUUAAGGCCAAGUGGAGACCCAUUAGAGCUGAAAGAUUGAACUACAAUUGUGUGGAUUGUUUAAAAAACAACAAAAAAGUAGUCGCCAGUUAAAUCGUGAUGCAACUUUAGCAGUAGAUAGAAGAGAAUUGUUGUAAAAAAAAAAAAAAAUUCUCCUAUAAUUGCAAUUUUUUUCUCAUUAGAUUCUUUCCCUCCCAAAAUAUUAUUGCAACUUCAUUAUUUUCACUAUCAAUAUGUACAUGUAUUCACGAUUAAGAUUCAAAGGCGAGUAUCUUCAGUGUGCUUCACGUCUCCCGUGCCUGAAUGAGCUCAUGCUGACACUGAUAGCAUCUGCGUGUUUUCUUAUUUUUAUUUUUUUCUGACAUCACGCCGCCUCAGAUAUGUUGGGUGACUUCACACCAUGACAGACUUGUACUGGCCGUCUUCACAGCUAUCGUCUGUCUCAGUUUGCAAUCACAGAUGGAUGAGAGGAUAAGUCCAACUGUUUGACUUGAUUUAUCUCCCUUUUAGUCAUUAUAAUGUGUCAUGGAACAUUUGUGUGAAUUUGUUUUGCUAGUGGAUGAAACAUUCUCUUUGUAUUCAUCAUACAGUAUUGUGAUUAUUUUUGCCCACUAUCCAUUUUCCAGGUCAAAAACUGCAGUUUUUUUCACUCUUAUGUAUUAACUUAUCACUGAAUAAAAGCUCCGUAAAUUUUCUUUUUAA